AUGAAAUCAGAUGAAGAACGACAAGAACGUGGUGAUGUAUUAGAAACUCGUCAAUUUGGACGAAUGAAAGAACGUAAAACAAACCCAAACAAAACAGAUGAGAGCGAAUUAACAUUGCCGGUCAUUACAACUUCUGCAGUCAAUAGUACAAAUGCUAGUGCAACGUUACUAGAACGACUUUUAGCACCCGAUAUUCGUCGUGAACGUAAUAUGGUACUUCAAUGUAUCCGUCAUAUUGUUAAUAAUAAUUUCUUUGGGCUUGAUGAUAAUUGA